CAGCAGCAGCAGCAGCAGCAACAACAACAACGAACAACAUUAGAUUUAUUACGUGAAAUCGACCGUUUUCGUUCAGAAGAUUAUUAUCGUUCGGAUAUGUGUGCUUUAGUUAAUCAAGCAUUAGCUACAGCACUUGGAAUACCAAUUCAUAUUGUUCGUGCUGUACGUGAACCAAAUAAUCCAUUGGAAAUAUUUUUACCAAUGCGUGGUAUUGCUCGACCAGGUUUAGCUAUUGUACUUAUUGCAAGUCAUCCACAUACGGGAGAUGGACAUUAUGAUGUAGCAGUACUUAAAGGACAUCCUCAAACAUUACGUAAACAUCGAAAUGUAACAUUUGAUGAUAAACCAGAAGUUAGAUCAUUUGAAACAAAUGCUGAUGAACAACAAAUGCUUAAAGUCAUACCAUCAAAUAAUAAUUCAGUUAUUCAACAACAACAACAACAACAACAACAAGCAUCAAUGAUGAAUUCAGCUUUAUUAGCUGCACAUCAAGCACAAUUUUUUGCUAAUCCAUUUAUGUAUUCACCAUUUACAUUUUCUACUUCUCAACAACAGCAACAACAAGUACCAACUUCACCUUCAUUAGUUCGACCUACAAAUACAAAUGCAAAUACAAAUACAAAUAAUAAUAAUCAAUCGAAAACAAGUAUCACCGGUGCUACAAAUUCAACAUUACCAACUACAACAAUGAUGUUACAACCACAAAUGCCAUUUAUUCAAAUGCAACAGGCACAACCAACAUUUGUUUAUACUCCUCUUAUGCAUACAACACAACAACCAACAACAACGAAUGGAACUGCUACUUUCUUUUAUACACCUGCGAACUAUCCCAUGUGA